UACCCACUUAAUCACUUUUAUUGUUUCUUUUCUAUUUGACAUAUGGAUGUUUUUAAGUUGAAUAGUUAAAACAGUUUUGUUUUCCUUUAUGAAGCUACAAAUCUUUAUAAAUUGCAAAACAAUUGUGAAACAUUACCCUGCAGACAGAAAUCACAGGGUGUUUGUGGCUCAUGGCAGUGCAGUCGCCUUUCCACUGACUGCUUUCCUCAUCUCGCAGUCAAAGUUUCCUUCCCCUUUUAGCUUCAUACCCACUUGAAGUUUUAGAACCACCUCCAUUUUGUUCUCUUUGGACUAAUUUGUGUGAAUGCUGAAUGUGAGUACUUGGUGUUUCCAGAGGGCGCAAAAGGAGAGAAGAUUCUAUAGGAGGUCUGGCACAUUAAGUCCUGCUUUUUUAGUAAAAGACAACAAAAACAGAUGACCAGUUUGUUUCUAUUCUAUUCUAUUCUACUGUGUUGAGUUGAGUUAAAGGAACACUGUGGAGCCUGCUCUUUCUUUGCUAGGCCUUUGCCUCUUACACCUUCCCCGCCCAGUUCUCCUCUGGCCACCCUGCGUUUUUUUAUGAUAUGACAUCAAACCACAAUGCAUUGCACUGUUUGUAGUUUACCCAAGGUCUCCAUGGCGAUAAAAACUGGCUCGGCCCCCUUAUUCAAAUUGAACCGGAAACCAAGAUCAUUUUGGACCAAUCUCUGCGCUCUGGGGUGACAUAAUGGAAUUUUUAGGGGUAGAACGCAAGCAAGGUCUGGCGCUGCGCAUAGCAGACGUGCCAUCGGGAAAAGACAAUGUCAUAGGCGCACAGAGGAGACACAUCAGAACCCCUGAGGCGCACUACCUGAAGUUCUGGGCUGACAGAGAGACUGCGCACACAGAGGACACAGAGAAAGUGUUCGGAUCAACUUUUCCCCCCCUCCUGUCUGUAUUGAAACGACUCACAGCCCCUCAUGUGAGGGUAUAGAAUGGAAACAACUCUCUACCCGGUCCCCGUGGUGAACAGCAUCAAGAGCACGAUGAUGAAGAAGGAGAUCAGCCUGAACCAGGAGGACCAGAACUCAGAACUGAAACCGAACCCGCUCCGGGACACGGGUGGAAUUAUAAACUCGCAGGAUUUGGGACUCCUAAAACUAGCCUCUCCGGACCUGGAGCGUCUCAUUAUCCAGUCUCACCCUAACUCUCAGUUCAUGUUUCCGAAGUCGGCCAGUGAGGAGCAGGAAUUCGCGGAAGGCUUUGUCAAGGCGCUUGAGGACCUUCACAAGCAGAACCAGCUGAGCGACGCAGGGUGCGUGUCCGUGGACCGGCUGGAGCUCCUCGGAUCCCCCAGCACCGCCGGAUCCACGGGGCUCCAGCCGUCGGACCUCCCUGUCUACACCACCUUGAACGGCUACGCCGCGGCUCCGCUGGGCGCCGCCGCCAUUAACUACUCCACGGACACCAUCCCCUUCCCGCCACCGCCUACCCACGCGGCCAGCGCGCAGCAGCAGGCGGCCGCCGCGGCGGCGCUGUCACGGCUCCAGCAGUCCGUCAGCGCGAUGAAGGACGAGCCGCAGACGGUCCCGGACAUGCAGAGCUGCGGGGACAGCCCCCCCCUGUCUCCCAUCGACAUGGACAACCAGGAGCGCAUCAAGGCGGAGAGGAAAAAGCUGCGGAACCGGAUAGCCGCCUCGAAGUGUCGCAAAAGGAAGCUGGAGAGGAUCUCCCGGCUGGAGGAGAAGGUCAAAACCCUGAAGACGCAGAACACUGAGCUGGCCUCCACUGCCAGCGUGCUGAGGGAGCAAGUGGCCCAACUGAAGCAGAAGGUGAUGAGCCAUGUCAGCAGCGGAUGCCAGCUUUUACCAAACCAGGUGCAGGCAUACUGACGCUCUCCUACGGGGAACUGGAUGCUCUCCUAUAAUAACAAACAUUAAUUUCCUGUAACUACGGAUCUUAGCACAGACUUAAGGCGAGGCCGUUAUUGCGCAUGCUCAUAGAUCUUGACAAACCAAACUUGCACAGCGACCGACAUGAACUAUCACCUGGAAACGAAGCAGGUGCGGAUCCCAGACUGCCUGGAUUCAACAGAAACCGACUGUUUACCAAGCCGUGUAGCAGCCCGCCUCUGUCCAGUGCACCGGAGCGGAACAAACAGAGCCCAGGGUCUUACCAAGUGCUCUCAUCUACAAUGUAAUAGAAUAUCUUACCUGUUUACAAGCACUUAACUAUAUUUUAUUUACUGAAACAUUUAGUCUUAUUUCCACCUUCUUUAUUUGGUAAAAAGAAGCCCUAUCAUGUGUCUUGUUGAAUAUGUUGUUAGUAAUCAUUGUAUUGCUCACUGUAGGGUUUGCUGCUCAGCUCUUCAGUCGCCAUACUUUUAUGAAUGUGUAUGAACUGAGAACGUCUGUCUACAUUUGUACUGGACCAGUGUCCUUCUGACAUCUAUUAAAUUCACUACAUUAUUUAACCCCAAGCGUCAUGUGAGUCAGUAAGGGGGGAGUUGCUUACAGUUACGAUGAAUCACUUCUUGUUUUUGCUGCAUGGGCCAAAUAUUAUCAGUAAAAAGUACAUUAAGGCCUCAAAAAAAAAAAAAAACUUUUUUCCGUUUCUAAACGUAGAAUAAUUAUGUAAAUUUUAAAUUCAACAUUUUUAUUGCAGUAAUGUAGUCAGACUUAUGUUUAAAGGAAUUUAUAAACCAUUCGCAUUUUAUGAAAGGUGUUGUGCUUAUGCUUUCUAUGAAAAACACAAGAGAAUUUAGAGACAAAAACUGUGUUGUACCAAACAACUUCGAUGCUAAGUUUUAAUUAAGUGAAAAAAGACUAACCUUUACAAAUUAC